AUGUCUGUCUAUCAAAGACCUUCAACGCCACUUUCGGCUCCCACUUCACCUAUACAAAAUUCUUUUCGGAAUAAAACACAACAAGAUGUCAUCAAGCCCAAAAAUUCUUCAAUCUUUCUCAAUGUGCCCCAAGCAUUCUCAGCUGGAGGCAUCAUCACGCCGCCGGAGACUCCGGCACAAAAACAACAACAUGCCACAAGCGAAUCGUACGAAACACUAAUCGACUGCCCCAUCUCCAAGGCCAGCUUCCUCCUCGCCCAGGCCUCCCUGGCAACGGCACUGUCCGGACGUACGUCAUCGUCGACUGAAUUCAAGUUCCGGGACCCCGAGGCCUUCGGAGCGGAGACGGGCACGGAGACACGAACACGAACACUCCGUUUCGGCACGGGCCUCGAUGGGUGCUUCACCACCACCAGGGGCUUCCUUGGAUGUCAAGCAAUGCCCCCAACCAACGUCAUCAACCCUAAUAUUAGUAAUUCUUCAAGAAGCUUGGGCCAGAUCCAACGCUUGCCUGCGUCUCUCAAGGCGUGGGAGGUCGUUCAUUGCAAUUUGCCGCGCCUGCUUCGAGCACGACGAGUGCGUCAUGCUGUUGACGGCCUGCGCGAGCGUGCCGCAGCUGCAGAUGGCAGAGACGCGUGGGAUGAUUUGGAACAGCGUCACUUGGCGCGAGCGGCGCUCGUGUUGAGCGCGCUGGCUCACGCUUAUAUGUUUGGCGAGGAGCAGGAUAAGAACAAAGGGUGUGAUGGACGAUCUCAGGUGCCGCGCCAUGUUCUCGAUCCGUGGGAGAGGGUGCCCGCGGACGAUGUCCUCAACAACGCCAUGGGGAAUGCCGCUUUCAACUUAAGCAGCGCGUACUUUGGUCUCCCAGAGGAGCGCCUCUCCUCAGGACUCCAAGGCACAAUGGAGGGCAUCUUCGCACCCGCUCUCUCCGCCAUGGCACUCGCGCAGAGCGGCGUACUAGCUGACCAGCCAGACCAAGUCACGCACUGCCUCGAAAGCCUGGCAGCCAACAUUGUCCAAUGCGCUGACGUCUUCGAGGCCAUGACCCUCCGUGACGCGGCAACCUUUGACCCCGUCGUCUGGAUCAAGACGUACCCAGCCAUGGGCCGCGCCGUCACUCCCGGCGAAUUGGGCAACAGCGGUGCCGACACGCCGCUCUUCCACGCGCUCGAUGUCUUCAUCGGCCGCCAGGACGUCAAGGGCGACUUGACGGCAAUGCAGAGCGACCGCAAGGCCACGCUGCCGGCCAACAUCCGCGCCUUUCUGGAUGCUCUCGGCGACAAGGCCGGAAGCGUGAGAGACUACGUCGCCGCGUGUGCCGCUCGUGCUCCGAAGGAUGUUUCCUCGGAAGAGCAGUCGCAAUACCGCCACCUCGAGGCAGCGUGGGACGGGCUUCUGCAGAUGUACGUCUGGUUUCUCGAGCGUCACCGCGUCAAGGCCAUUGGCGUCACGGGCGUGUCGCUGAAUACAGGACGACACUCGACGAGCAGCGGCGUCAAGAGCACCGACCAGUGUAAACAUGCCGGCUCGCCGUCAGCAGAGAAAGGAAAAGGAAAGCCAAAGAUGCGGCCCGAGGCUAUGCUCAGCAUGCAGAUGAAGGCUGGCAUGGCGUCGCGACUUGGCGGCCGCCCUCUGUGGCAGGAUGCGCGCAUCCAGUCGCAGGCGGUGUACGAGGGCAGCACGGUGGUCGAAGUGAAGCUGGAUGCCAAGUUGCCCCUCGAGGCAGGCGAUCGAGUGCAGAUCUGGCCGCCGAGAAAGAGGAGAAAUCUCAAAAGGACGUCUUCUCACCAGCGACGGUUGCGGGCUUCCACCCCUUCAGAAGAUCAUGACGCGUCGUCGGAUGAGAGCGUCGAAGAUGGUGAGGGAGAUGAAGCUGAGCCGAGAUUCUACUCCAUCGCACGUGUGGCGACCGACUCAGCAGGAGAGAGAGGCAUGACGAUCACCCUGACAGUCAGCCAACACUCACCCGAGGGCCUUGUCUCCUCAUUUUUGAGCAACGCCGCCCAAGGCACACGUUUGCGUCUUCGCCCAUGGCCCAGUCUACGAUUCCGCCAGCCACGCGAUCUUGCCGUGCCGUUAGUCCUGAUCGGCCAAGGGAGCGGCAUUGGUCCAUUGGUAGGCUUCCUCCACGAGCGGGCGGCAUGGGCACAGCAGCGCCGGGACAGCACCGGUGAUGGAGAACGACGCGUAAUGCGCCACUUGGUAGAACACCGGGAUUCCAUCCAUCAUCUCGUCAAAGAUGAGGGCGGCCACGUCUUUGUCUGCGGCAGCUCCGACUUUGGAGCCUCGGUGACGAGCAGUCUCGAGCUAGGCCAACCGCAGCAAGAAGGUAAAGGCGUAAAACGCUUCGAGGAGAACAACUACACAGACAUCCCCUCACCUCCCGCGCACUGGGAUAGACUCCACCAAGAUCUCUUCACCGCUGUGAAAAGACAAUCCAAACCACAGUCACCGGCUUCCUCUUCCACGACCUCUUCCUCCUUGCCCAUCAUUACCCCCUCCGAGCUCGCAGCCCACAACUCCAUCAACUCAAGUUGGGCCGCCAUCGAAGGAACUGUCUACGACCUGACGCCCUUCCUCACCAUCCACCCAGGUGGACCAAAGACGCUCCUCGAGUCAGCCGGCACCAUCGCCGACGUGCGCUUCGCCGAGACGCACGGCGGGCCGCACGCCCAGGAAAUCAGGGGCUAUCUGCAGCAUUACGCCAUUGGACGUCUACCUCCAGCCAAAUGUCCCAGAGACCUUAGCACUCUUCAGAUCACGUCAGCGAAACUGACGGAUGCCCUGGUGAGGAUGCAAAAUGCGCUCACCAAUAAUGCGGCCUUUGACGGGAACCGCGGAUCCGUCCCGGUAUACGUGUAUGAGGAUGCCUUGCUCGUGUUCGCCGAUGGACUGGACGGUGUGAUGGCCAUUCUGUCAGACAUUGCCGCAAAUGGCGAGUACGGAGACGCUUCAGAGCUGAGGGAAAGCGUAGCCAAGACACAAACGCUGUUGAGAAAGGCAUUUUCAGACCUGAAAGACGGCUGUAAGCGCUACAUGCAAGCCGCCGGCUCCAAUGGCUCUGAUUCCUUACUCGACGAGAGCGAGGGUCUGAUCCAGAGGCUGCACAAGGAGCCCAUCAACCAAAUCCAUGAGGCUAUUGAUGUUUGCAAGAAGGGUCUUGGUGAGCUAGGGUCUCUAACUUCGGAAGAGGCGAAUGGGAGUAGCGAGGUUUGUGACGUCUUGGAGGAGUUGACCACUACUCUGACGAGCCUUGCCCAUGACUUGCUUCGUGUCAUAUCUCUGGCCGAGACAACUGGCACCGCAGACUUGGAGCAGCGGACGACCUGUCGAGAGGAGAAUAUUUGUGCAUCGCACUCUGCGAUGCCAAGCGUUGAUCUUUGA